UUAGGAUCAUCUUCUAGUUCACGAACAAAUUUGAGAUGUCGACAGCCUUGGUGUAAAUGCUAGAGCACUUGACAUUGGUGGUGUGGGAUCCAUCAUCAUGGAUGAUGCCGCCGGGGGUUAGAAUGGAGAGUGUUACGAGGGUCUGGUGGACAUGAAGCACAAAAAUGCAAUGUGCUUCCUGUCAUUGAUAAAUGCAACUUUCUUCUGAUUAUAAUCUAGUAUGAUGGGGAUGAGACCGUUGAUGAUGCCAUGAAAGUAGAAGAUUCUCUAGAAGAGGGAAAUGUAAUUGCCCUUUCGGGAGGACAGGGGAUAAGAUAUCAUUAUGGUGCCCUGACUGACCCAAAGACGCUCCAAUGAUGAAGAAGGCCUAUAGAAGGGCUGCUCCGAUGCCUAACCAUGCAACUCAUAUAUUUAAAUUCUAAAAGAUAUCAAUUCUAUGCAGGUCCUGCCAUGUGUGCAAAACCUAAAAAUGUGAUGUGGAGAGAUGGAUAUACAGUAUUCUGGUUCUUCCGCAUCGUCGCCUUAUCAGAAAUUCUGAGCCUUUCCUUUCCUUCUCUUUUAUUGGUUUUUAAUAUUUUUCUGAUCUUCUUUAAAAUACGCAGGUUGAAAUGGAUCAACCAACUGAUUUUCCAGUCCCUCACAAAAAUCUCUCCGUGGAUAUUAAGGGAAAUAAAACAGACGUAGUGCUCUGCAGCUACGAUGAUCACUUUCUAGUUAUGGCGACCCAGAUAGGAAGUAUGGGAACAAUACUAAAUGCAAGGAAGGAAGAAGGCAUGUCAGUCAAUCCAACUUUCAAUGUGUCAGUUAUAUUUGGUAAACGAGAUGAGCCGAUGCUGGUAGCAUGUGCACGCCAACUGAUCGAGCACAUAAGUAGCUGUGGUUCAUCUAGGCCGUUGGUGCUCUCUCUCGGUCUCAAGGACCACUCUCUGGAGACGCUGAAAGGCAUUGUUUCUGUUGUCAUCGAGAAUCGCCUUUGGUAAGAUCUACAUCAUGGUCAUUUCGAUAAUUUUAGGAACUGAUUUUGUACUUGGCCCGACUGUAAAAUUUUCAUUGAAAUGCAAUCAAUGUCUUUGAUGUAGAGUUUUCAAACACUAAAAAUGGCCGAAAAUCACCUACUGCUACAUGAGGUCAAAUUCAUCUAAUGUUGUAAUGGAUAGAAGAGAAAUUUAUUUAUUUAUUUUAUCAUUAGUGGGGCCAUUUUGGGAA